AUAUCCUAUUGCCUUUUUCCUCAAUCCUUCUUUUCCUCCGGGGCCCAAAAUUCGUCUGUACUCGGUGCCAUUCGGCCAUCUUGUACUAGUAGCGGCACUGUUUAACGCACCGGACGUCUGCAUCACAGAUACCCUUCGAUUGAUACACCAGCGAUCCAGAUAAACUCUGCUCGCUCCCCUGUAUUCAUUCGGCUUUGGAAGACCAGAGGAGAGGAGAGAGCAGAAGGAAAUGGGCAAGGGUGGUAUGAGUGCUCCAGAGAACCAAGAUGGUGGGGAAGAGAAUAUGGCAGCUUGGCUUGUGGGUCUUAACACCCUCAGGAUUCAGCCUUUCAAGCUCCCUCCUCUUGGACCCCAUGAUGUUAGAGUCCGGAUGAAAGCUGUUGGUAUCUGUGGAAGCGAUGUUCAUUUUCUCAAGACUUUGCAGCUAGCUCAUUUUGUUGUUAAAGAGCCGAUGGUUAUUGGGCACGAGUGUGCUGGGGUCAUUGAAGAAAUUGGUGGUGAAGUUAAGACUCUUGUGCCUGGUGAUCGCGUGGCACUGGAGCCUGGAAUCAGUUGUUGGCGAUGUGAUCAUUGCAGAGGAGGCCGAUAUAAUAUGUGCCCAGAGAUGAAGUUUUUUGCUACUCCGCCUGUUCAUGGUUCUCUUGCGAAUCAGGUCGUGCAUCCCGCAAAUUUGUGCUUCAAAUUACCUGAUAACGUGAGCUUGGAGGAAGGAGCCAUGUGCGAGCCCUUGAGCGUUGGCGUUUACGCUUGCCGCCGCGCCGGAGUUGGUCCCGGGACGCGUGUGUUGGUGAUGGGAGCUGGUCCCAUAGGGCUUGUUGCAAUGCUUGCCGCCCGUGCUUUUGGGGCCUCGAGGGUUGUGAUAGUGGAUGUUGAUGACUACCGUUUGUCGGUUGCCAAACAGCUUGGUGCGGAUGAAACUGUCAAAGUUUCUACCAACAUGCAGGAUGUGUCGGUGGAAGUGGAGCAGAUUCGGAAGGCUAUGGGGGCUGAGAUUGAUGUGAGUCUCGAUUGUGCAGGGUUCAAUAAAACCAUGUCUACAGCCCUUGGUGCCACCCGUGCAGGCGGCAAAGUCGGUCUCGUUGGUUUGGGUCACAAGGAGAUGACUCUUCCUCUAUCCCCUGCUGCUGCGAGGGAGGUCGACAUUAUUGGAAUAUUUCGGUACACGAACACGUGGCCCUUGUGUCUUGAGUUUAUAAGCAGCGGCAAGAUUGACGUGAAGCCCUUGAUAACCCACAGGUUUGGCUUCUCGGAGCAAGAGGUCAAAGAAGCCUUUGAAACCAGCGCUCACGGUGGCACUGCUAUUAAGGUUAUGUUUAACCUCUGAUGGGGAGAGGUGAUGAAGUGGUACUUACUACUUGCUGCUUUUAAAUAAAUAAAAAAAAGGGUAAUGUAAAUUAUGUAAUGUAAAUAGAGAAAAUGCAAGGAAGAUGUUGUACGCAUAAAUAAAUGUGGAAAAAGCAGUGGUAUUUAGUAGUAUUAGUGUGUAUUGGUGUUGCAUGAAUGAAUGAAACUUGUUGAUGUGUUAAAAUGUC